CGUCACUUUCCUUUAUGGCAGCGAUUCGUGUCCUCCGCUUAUAUGACAUGUCGAUUCCAGAAUUGCCAUGUUUUUGCAGAAGUACCGGACAGGGCUGCCCAUCACCGGGUGCGGAGGUCUCUUCUCUGUCAACAUGCUGUACCAUGUGUUCCCAGAACACACGUACAGAAAGGUGUACCAGGCCUGGAGUGAGGGCCAGCCGGCGAACUUCUCUGAGAAGCUCGAGGAGACAUUCCAGGGUGUUCUAAAGGACAUGGGCAUCCAUUCACCCCAGAACUACAUGGCAUUUGCAGCCUUUGGCUUCCACCCUGUGGGUGCAAGUGUGCCUUGGCUCCCCUCUGGAGUUCGUGUGGGCCUCCCGGCAAACUUCAACAGCACACCAGACAACAUGGUGGGAAUCACCAACCGAGUGGUCCUCAUCAACGGCAAGCCGGUGGAGUGGGAGAGUACCUCUGGUGCUGCUUUGAAGGAGGCGCUCAUGUUCUCGCCAGAGGCCCAGCGUUUCGCCCUGGCCAGGAAGGUGGCAUGGCUGCAGGAUAGCGGCCCGCUCCUCCACGCCACUGUGGCCCCCGCCUGUCUGGCUGGCGCGUGUGCCUAUGGGGUGGGCGUCAAGCAAGUCUUUGGACUCUAUGGCGGCUCAGCAGUCCUGCGUGCCGUCGUCAGCUUGCUGGCGCUAGCCCUGGGCGCUGUCUCCUAUGUCCUUGCAUCCGGUGCUGUGAGCCAGCGGCUGGACUGUCGUUCAGACUGGUGUGCUGCCAGCCUUUCACAGGACUAUGCCAAGGGAGGCCUGGAGUUUUAUGACAAACUUCUGUCCAGAAAUAGAACCCUGCGCACCCUGAUGGGGCCCAAAGGGAAACAGAUGUAUGCCCCGAAUGGCAACCUAUUCCCAGCCAGCUUGCUCAUGCUCAGACACGCUCCCUAUACCACCAGGAGGGAUAAAAUCACCAGCCUACUGAAAGAUGGCAAAGCCUGAGAUGACUUUUUUAAAGAUGUUCAAUGGUAAUAUGUAGCUGUUUCCUGUUAGUCAGUGUUGCUCUCCUUGAGAUAUUGGUAAAGUCAUAAUAAAAGACAUGUAGUUAUGACCCAUGUUUACUAAAGCAAGGUUCUCAUGCUCAGUUCCUCUGGUGAAAUGUCCGCUUGCAUCACUGACUGAAGUUAUGUUGCUUUAAAUUUUAAGAAAUGUUAAACAAGAAAUGGUGGCAGCAGAUUACAGCUGCUGACUUUGAGGACCCAGGUUUGAUUCGUACAUCCUCCUGUAGUGCCCUUGAUCAAAGUACUUCCUUGAGCUGAUACAGUAAAAAUUUUCCCAGCUGUGUAAAUGAGUAAAUUACAGUAUGUACCUUAACAAUGUAAGUUGCGGUGGAGAAAAGUGUCAGUUAAGUUAAUAAAUGAUCAGUAUUCCCUGUUAUGUGGCAUGUUG